AUGACGUUGAUGGCCUUGAUUUCUCUCCGCUACGCAAUUCACCCGAGGCACAUCGGCAGUGACCGUUCCAUCCCUGCUCGCCACAAUGACUCCGACCAAGCUCCAUCCACUCCCGGGCCCAGCACGGUUGCUGCCCAAGGUCUAGCUGACUCGGCACCUGAUCUGAAGCCCGAGAGGGGUGGGCCCCCAAAGCUUGGUGAUUUCUCUUCACUCUGGGAUUUCCUUGGCAACACCACGCCUGGUGCAGAAGCUGGACUUCGUCAAGCGACCAAGGAAAGCAUUGUCGAACAACCUCCACAGCAGCCUAAGCAGAUUCAGAUCCUCAAACGUCCUUCUCCCGGGACCACAACCGUCGAUAGCCCUGGUAAGGCGCUUCCGCGUACGUCUCCUCGGCCGAUCCCCACAUCAGAUGUGUCCAAGUCCCACAAGGCUGCUGCUGAAUAUCGUACCACGAAACACCGCACCCAAACCAAGCAACCAACCUAUGAACCUCAGUUGUCGGAGAGCACUGCGGAGGCAGAGUCCGACAACCCCAGCAUCUUCGACCCGUCUUACGGCAAACGGGGCGUUCUCGCUCUAGUCCCGUCUCAGGUGGGCAUAGCGGAGGUCUUGAGUGAGUCGUCCGAAACCCCGCCAUCCUCGUUUGAUGAAGUCGGCGGGGCACUAGGCCCUAUCGCUAUCCAAAACCUCCCCGGUGGCGCCAUUCGUGUGCAGCCCAUUGCGUACAAGUCGGCAACCGAUCGAAAAGUCGGUCUCUUAACGAAGCUGUUGAAGAACUUCCCCGACUACGCAGAAACUAUAACUCAAGUGGGGCGGUCUGGUAAGUCCAAGCCGGGCAUUCCUCCCACAUCUCGCCCGAUUCAUGUCUUUGUCGAUAUGUCGAAUAUUAUGGUCGGGUUUCACGAUUCCAUGAAAGUAUCUCGGAACAUCCCUGUGAAAACACGGAUCCGCCGCUUGCCACUCUCAUUCCAGAACUUCUCGUUGAUCCUGGAGCGUGGUCGGCCCACGGCCAAGAGGGUCUUGGUGGGCUCCGACCGCUUUGCUGCGAUCGACGACGGCGAGAAACUCGGGUACGAGACGAACAUUCUCGACCGAGUGCACAAGGUGAAACAACCGACUCGUCGUCAGAUGAAAUUCCGCAAGGGUACGCGGGCGGGCGCUCCGGACGGAGGCAGUGGUUCUGAAACGAACGACGCGCCGGAGGAGCGCUGGGUCGAACAGGGUGUGGACGAAAUUCUGCACCUGAAGAUCCUCGAAAGCCUGUUGGAUACGGACGAGCCAGCCACCAUCGUUUUAGCUACGGGAGACGCGGCGGAAGCCGAGUUCUCCGGCGGAUUCAUGAAGAUGGUGGAGCGAGCGCUGCGGCGGGGGUGGACGGUGGAACUGGUGAGUUUCUCCCAGGUGACCAGCUACGCCUAUCGCAAGAAAGAGUUCCGUUCGAAAUGGGGGAACAAGUUCAAGAUGAUCGCGUUGGACGGAUAUAUCGAAGAGCUGUUGGACAUGUAA